AUGAUAUAUUUCUACACGUGUAAUUUAUUAUAUAAUUUUUUAAUAAUAUUUUUUACUUUUAUUACAUUAAUUUAUACAUGUAGUAGUAAAGAAAAAAGUAAUACAGAACGUAACAAAAAAAAAACUACUAAAAGUGAGUCAAAUAAAAGGCACAAUAACAGAAGUAAUGUGGGAAGAAGACAUCAAUCAGAAAUUCUUCGCCGUAAAGGAUCAUCACGUGUAAGAAAAACAACCACUGAAAGAAAGAUUCCUGAAGCUAGGACACAAAAAUCGACAUCUGAGUUAAAAGAACCACUUACAUCAUUGAUAAAAAAUAGAAAUACAAGUGAAGUGUUACCACUUAAAGUAACUCAAGAGAUAUCUUUUUAUUCAUUUGUAAAUUCACCAACAGAUGACAAAAAAUUGUUUACCAAUAAAAUUCCUAAAAUAGCAAAAAAAAAUAUUAGUAAUUCUGAAAAAAAAAUUACUACUACACCUAAACAGAAUAUAAAUGUUUCUGAUAAAGGAACAAAAAUAUUAGUAGAAAAUAAAGAAUUACAAAAUAAUAAUAUAAAUAAAUUUAAUAAUAAUAAUAAAAAAAAGGAUUCAGAUAAAAAUUCUAAAAAAAUUUUAAGUAUUCCAACAAAAAAUUCAACAGAAAGUAAUGGUGCAUAUCCUCAUAGUCAUCCUUUAAUUGAAACAGUAGAGGAGCUAAAUAAUCACUUAAAAAUAAUUAAUGCUGAAAAAGUCAAAUCUGAUGGUAGUAUUUAG